AUGAACAAGGCCGGACCUGGUCUCAAUGCCUUCUCUUCUUUAUUUCAUUUAUUAUGUUCUUUGGAAACAGGAAAGAAUCGGAGGCUGAAGCAGGCAAAAGAAGAAGCCCAGGCAGAGAUUGAGCAGUACCGCCUGCAGAGGGAGAAGGAGUUCAAAGCCAAGGAAGCAGCGGCGCUUGGAUCUCAUGGCAGCUGCACCACUGAAGUUGAGAAAGAGACCCAGGAAAAGAUGAGCGUGAUCCAGCAGAACUUCCAGAAGAACCGCGAGGUGGUCCUCUCCCAGCUGUUGUCCCUAGUGUGUGACAUCAAACCUGAAAUCCAUGUGAAUUACCGCAUCAAUGGGUAGUAGUGGAAGAAGGAAUGAGCAUACUGGAAAUGCUGGUAGUAAUGUCUGAGCUUCAAGUGGAAUGUACAGCUCUUAGCCAUACCUUAACUGUUCUUCCUGUAAAUGUGUUAAAUUAUUUCAGUGAGUUGUAGGUCGUCAGUACCUUGGAGUUCUGUUAGUUUCUCUCUUGACAUGGAUUCAGAGCUUACCCAAACAUGAAAUGUCCAUGUCUCAAAUCUGUGCUAAGUUAUUAAAUAUAUAUUCAAGUUGGCACAUUAAUGCUCCCUUUUUAUCUGGAUAGUAUUCAGUGAGAGUCUUUCCUCUGGGAAGUGGAAAGGGGAGAGAUGCUGGCCAGGUUUAAAUGGAGACCCCAUGUCAGUAAUUUAGACCUGUGACUGUAUUUGGUGACCAAAAUGCAUUUUUUGGUGUGUUGUUAACCUUUGUACGGGGGUUAAACCUUGUAAGAAGAAUUCUCUGGCUGCACAGUGCUGGUUGAUCAUUUUCAGGUGCUUGAGUUUCUCUGUAUUGGUUAUCCUCUGUAUAUUCUGCUGUUAGCUUGAGUUACAAGUCUGGCACUAUGACACUUGAAAGUAAAAAUACUUAUUUAACUCCAAAGUCUCUGGUCAGUCUUGUUCCUGCUAACUUGUUCUGAGAGUACUGACAGGUCUCGUUGUGUUGCAUGGGAGUCGCGACUGAGGAAUGAAUAUCAAGUAUUGAUAAAAAGAGUAAGAGAUACAGCAAAUCUCUGAAGGCCGCAGCAGGUAAGUUAAAAACCCAUUACAGAGCUCCUCCUCUUGGCCCUAGUCUGAUGCUUUACCUGCCAGAUCAUUCUAAAAACCUUCAGGAACAAAUGUUCUUGUGACCGUUAGGGGAAAUAAAGUGUUGCCAGUUCACUAGAAUAGUUUGAUAGCCAGGCGCUGUGCUGUAAUUAUCCUUCCUUCAAUCAAGUACUGGUCGCUGCUUGUUUAUACCAAGGUCACGCUGUAUCCUGCAGCAUCCUGCUGUACCUGGGAACAGUGUGAAAUAAGUGUGUUGGGAUUGUCCGUGCAUCACUUUCUAGCUCUUUAAUCAAAAGUACACAUGAAUACAUCAAGAGGUCUCAUGUUUCAGCAGUUUCUUCCUCUCCCUCUCUCACCAGCAGAAUAUUAACUGUACCUUGGCUUUUUUUGUCGAGUUCAGUUUAAGGCUUUUUGCAGGUGGUGAGCACGUACCUGAUAAGACCCAAGACUCUUGCAGUUGAGAGUCUAAGCAAGAAACUUGAGUGAUGCUGCUUCUCAUCCUGUGUUUCCCCACACCCUCAGUGUAGCAUUGAAAAGGCUUGGACCUGUAGAGUUUGAUUGUGGUCGGGAGGGAGGGAAGCAGGAUGGAUAAAGUUGUAAUGAAGGAAUGAAUGUCAGGCAGGACAAUGGAAGAGUCAACUGCUCUGGUGUCUCAUGUUGUAAUAUUUUAUUGUAGUGUACUGUAGUUCUGAAAGGAUCUCUUUAGGAAUUCAAGCUAUGGGUUGUAAAAUUGAAACAAAAGCCUCCUGCAAAGUCAAAUGUGCCAGGCUGGGGAAAAAGCCAGGUUGCUACAAGGAGAACAGGAUCAAAGCAGUUUUAAUCAGUCUGGUCUAAUGACUGCAGCGAUGCUAUGGCCUCAUAAAAGGUUGCAGCCACGCUAAUUCUAGUCUGUCCUUCGGAGAGGAAACAUUUCUUCCUGUUGAGAGCAGGUGCUCAGGCUCCAGUGUGAUGCUCCUGGUAGAUGUCCUCCUAGCUCCAGGCUGUAAUUAGCAACUUAAUCCUGUUUAUCAGUAAAAGGCUGCUACUCUCUCCAGGAAAAAAAUACAGUGCGUGCCCCACUUUUCACCUUAGUUCCUAAGUUUCCCUUAGUUAAUGAGGACUUUCUAUCCUUGCUCUCUGGAAUAGUAAGAGGCAGGAGCAAAGGAAAAACCUUUCCCCGAUUAUUUCCUCUUGGCAAAAGGUGGUGUGAAGACUUUCCCUUUAGAAUGAUGUGUUGCAAGAAUAUAAAUUUUUCUGUAACAUUUCCCUGAAAUUUAACUGUUGAGAAUUGCCAGGCUACAACUUUGUGCAGAAGUGAGUGUUUCCAAUUCCAGCUCUCCAGGAAGCCUGGCUUUGUUUGCAAGUGUAGAUGUUUUGUUUUAAAUUGAAAUUCUCUCAUCUUACCCUGUCAUGCUCUGGGAAAGAGAGACCUACUGCUAGCUUCGUGCCUAAGCCAGGCUGUGCCAGAAAAAUACUCUGCAGGGAGCAGUGGUCUACUGACAGAGGUAUGGAGAUGGACGAGUGACUUCUUGCAUCAGAAAUCUGAUUUUCUAAACUUUCUGCAGCAAGUUUGAUUAGUAUAAAUCUGUCUCCAAAUUCUCCCUGCUGCUGAUCUGCCUCCGUAAUCCCUCACAGAUGUGACCCCAUGCCUAGGAGCUGUAGCUUGUUCUUGUACUACAAAAAGGGCCAGAAGCCGCUUUGGGUAUGCGUACUGCUGUCUGAUUCCCUUAAUUUGGGCUCUGGUCCUUGGAGAUGCCGGCCGACUGCCAGGACAGUCACAGUGCUGGUGCUGCGGGGAGGUAAGAAGUGGUCAGUGCUUGUGACUUGUUUUGUUCGUGCAAUGUCAAGUGAGUGGCUGCUGCUGUUGAUUUCUCUCAGUUAAAACUGCUUCCAAAUAAG